CAUAAUUAUAAUAAUAAUGGUUGAAUUUCUUUAGUGUUUCAGGCAAGACGAGUGGGGUGGUCAAGGAUGAAACAUAAAAUUAUGCCACCCACUGUUACUGGACCACCUGAGUUUGAAAGGACAUUUCGUGCACACCAGAAUAGCAUAGAGUCAUAUUCCAUUUUCUUGGUGGUAUUGUGGAUCUCUGGCAUCUUUUGCAAUGAAGUGCUUGCUGCUCUUGGAGGACUUCUGUAUAUUGUGGGCAGAGAGAUGUACUUUACUGGCUAUAUCCGUGAAAGCAAGAAAAGGUUGCCAGGGUUUUAUUUGGUGUUGUGUGCCCUGUUAUUCCUAACUGUGACAGCUACCAUUGGAAUAAUUCAAUCAUUUUUGAGCAAAUAUCUCAACACCAGACUUCUCUAAAUCGUUUAAUUAAAAUAUUCAAAAGUUUUUUUUCUUUACCAAUCUAUUAAAUAAAAGGCAUGUAAAAUCUAUGUUAUGGAUGUUUCAGAUCAA